AUGGUCGCCGCUAAUGAACUAUUUCUUCAAGAAUUAGUUGAUCAUUUACAAGAUUAUUUAAUUUGUACAGAUUUAAUGGCUAAAUCACCCGAAAAUAUAUUUAAAUCAUUUGAUUUUAUUUCACUUCCUGAAAAAUCUUUGGUUUCACUUAUUAAAAGAUAUGAUUUACAAAUGAAAUAUUCUGCAAUAUUGUAUUCUAAUAUUGAACCAAGUAGUUAUAUUUUUUCUUCCUAG